GGAAUCCUUGAUGACUUCUUCUUUGUUCUCGUAUUGUAUUAGAAUUUCUCUUCUUCCUCUUAUUUCAAUCUCCGACAGAUAUAUAUACAUCGUGACCGAAAACCCGAGGGAUAAGGAGGAAAACGAACGAAAAGGAUUCCAGAUGAACUUGAAGACGAUCUGUAACUAAUUAUCACGGUCAAUCACUAAGCAAUAGAAGCAAUUAAUUAAUAUUCAGUACUCAAAAGGCCAUCUCAGCUCUCAUACUGAUUGCAACAAGCUGUUAAAUAAAGAAGAUAAAAGAUUAAAAUUAAGAAGAUGUAUAGUAAUUUCAAAGAACAAGCCAUAGAAUACGUGAAACAAGCUGUCAAAGAAGAUAAUGAAGGGAACUACGCCAAGGCUUUUCCAUUGUACAUGAAUGCUUUAGAGUAUUUUAAGACCCAUUUGAAAUAUGAGAGAGAUCCUAAGAUUAAAGAAGAAAUAUCUCAGAAGUUUGCUGAAUAUCUAAAGAGAGCUGAAGAGAUACGUGCUGUUCUCGAUGAUCCUCGACCGCAACCUCAUAUAAUCCAAGACCCUGUGAAGCAUGCUAUCGAUUAUGUUAAACGAGCUGUUAAAGAAGAUAAUGAAAUGAAUUAUGCCAAAGCUUUUCCAUUGUAUAUGAAUGCCUUGGAAUAUUUUAAGACCUAUUCGAAGUAUGAGCCGAAUUUGAAGAUUAGAGAAGCAGUACAACAAAAAUUUAGUGAAUAUUUGAGGAGAGCUGAGGAGUUGCGUGUUAUUCUGGAUUAUGGUAAUCCUCAAGCCCAGAAAGCUAGUCCUUCAACUGAAGAGAUCCCACAGGUUAGCAAGGAUGAUUCCAACACGAGCUCAAGUGGUUGAAGAAAAAAGACUAUCAUCCGCGUAAACACAUUGAUGGACCGAGGGAUUGUAGUUUCAAAGACACUAAUAUGGUAAAAAAGAAAGAAAAGAAAAAGAAUGUUAUUAUCCUGUAUUCAAUGGGGAUAAUGCUGCAUAAUUCUCUAAAUUCUAAGAAAUAACAAUUGUGGUUUUUUUUUUCUUUGAAGCAUCGUGGAUGUGUAUGUAUCGUGGUGUUAAAAGUACUACACAAGUUUACUCCUAUCAAAGUAAUUA